AUGUCGUUUCCAAGGCAAACUCUUGGCUAUUCCACGCCGGAGAGUUUGGAUGAGACAGAAGACCAAUACUUUCAGUCCACUUGGCACUCAUCUGGGAGUAGUUUCGCAGUCCUGCCGACGCAAACCAUUCCGGACUGGCAACUUGAGAGCGCACCUGCCUCCUUCGGCAUCUUAGAUCCACGGAUGCACCUUAUGCCAGAGUAUCCGCCAAUCGCUCCACAAAGCCGCACCGUCGAUCAUCGUAUAAUUCCUUCCAGAGGUGAUCCGGCCACCUCGAGAGAAAUAAAUGGAACCGGAUCAGCUUAUGAGAGACACGAUGAGUAUAGCCUCGCGCCGCUUCGAGCUCAGCGUCCACCAUUUGAUACAAACAGACCGACGAGUGAAGCCAAGGCACACGCGCAACACGCGACACAGGAUCAUGUCACUCAUACCACUGCGGAACCAAAUGCGAGGUUGCCUCAAACAAGAAAGUCAUCCCGUACCGACAGGUUCGAGUGUGACUGGCCAGGCUGUCGAUAUCCAGGAAGCUUUGGACGCAACACGGAAUUACAGCGCCAUAUACGGACUUUGCAUCAGUUACCGAAAUCAUACAAAUGCCCGGCCUCAGGAUGCAGCGUGUCAUGCAAUAGAGAGGAUAACCUAAAGAGUCACCAACGCAAUAUCCAUGGCUGGAAGGUUUAG